UCUCUCUCUCUCUCUCUCUCUCUCUCUCUCUCUCACCCAAAGCCUCACAUUUGAGUCUCAUUAAUUCCACCUAGUUGACCACUGCAUGUGUGUACAUAGGAGUGUCCGUCUGUGCUCCGUACGUGUUACUUUUCGUGGAUUGAUUGAGCGGUGCCAUAAGCUCCAACCACGAUGAAGCAAGUGCUGAUUGCCCUCGCAACGUUAAUAGGCCUAGCUGCUCUGACGCCAGCCCUGGGCUUGUCCAUGGAUUACAGGCGUUUCGAAGGGUCUGUGAGAAACAGGGCAGACGAAAUUUUAAGGGCCUCUAGUAAACACCAUCGCCUUACCAACCUGACGACUCCUGAGAUGAUCAUCGCCAACGGAUACCCAGCGGAAGUCCACCACGUCACGACCGAAGACGGUUACAUCCUUGAGUUGCACAGAAUACCACACGGGCCCAAUGAAACCAGGACCCCUAACGAUCCUAGACCUAUCGUCUUCCUCCAUCACUGUCUCCUCUGCUCCUCGUCGGAUUUCAUCAUGAACGACCCGCCCGAGAAGGCUUUGGCUUACUUGUUGGCAAGUAAGGGCUAUGACGUCUGGUUGGCUAACGCCAGGGGCAACACUUACUCCAAAAAUCAUGUGAGCUUGUCCCCGAGUGAAGAAGCCUUCUGGGAGUUCAGUUGGCACGAGAUGGGCUACUACGACCUCCCAGCUGCCAUAGACUAUGUACUCUACGAAACUGGACAGAAGGACCUGAACUACAUAGGAUUCAGCAUGGGAACCACUGUCUUCUGGGUGCUUAUGAGCGAGCGUCCGGAGUAUGCGUCUAAGGUGAGAUUCAUGGUAGCCAUGGGACCCGUAGCCUUCGUGGAAAACAUGGAAGGCCCACUGAAGUACUUGUCUUGGUUUUCCUCUACUUUUAUGAAAACGUUGAAAUUACUAGGCCGGCACGAGAUAUUCUCCUUCGGAACGUUGAUGGACAAUCUGGUGACGUUUUUCUGCGACGAGGAACGUUGGACGUCGGCCAUCUGUCACAACAGCCUCUUCUUGAUCACCGGCUCCAACCCCGAUCAGCUGAACAAGGAGAUGCUCCCAGUCAUAUUAGCGCAUACCCCUGCAGGGACGUCCGCUCGUACCUUGCACCAUUACCUCCAGGAGGUCAGGUCAGGGUACUUCCGGAAAUUCGACUUUGGAACCAAAGGAAACGAGGAGGCCUAUGGCCAAACUGAUCCCCCAAUAUAUCACCUGGAGAGGGCCACUCCACCUGUGGCCCUGUUUUGGUCCAAAAAUGACUGGCUGGCCUCCCCAGCGGACGUAUUACACUUAUUGGCGAAGUUGCCCCACGUCGUCCACAUAGCCAAGAUCGAGGACGACCACUUCACCCAUCUCGAUUUCAUCUGGGCUCUCCAGGCCGACACUCUCUUAUACUACCCCAUCCUGGAUCUUCUCUCACAGUACCAAGACGGCAAUGCUAUGUAGACAACUGGAAGUGAACGGUUUAUUGGUACAUAUUUUUAUGUUUUUUCUGGGGGGAAAUUUAUUGGUGUAAGUCUUAAUUUAUUUUUUGUUUAUUUUCAGAUUAUAUAUAUAUAUAUAUAUAUAUAUAUAUAUAUAUUUAUAUAUAUAUAUAUAUAUAUAUAUAUAUAUUCUAGGAAAUAUAUUGGGGAGAGUUUAAAUCUAUUUUUUGUUAUCUUCAAAUUUAUAUAUAUAUAUAUAUAUAUAUAUAUAUAUAUAUAUAUAUAUAUAUAUAUAUAUAUAUAUAUAUAUAUAUUCAGUUUCAGAUAUUUUCAAGUUAAAUACAUUUCUUUCUUUAUAUUUCAAGUUUAUCUUCAAACCAUAUUUAUCUCUUCAUUUAUAAAUUGAUUUUACACCUUUUCACUUGGCGAUUUCAUUCAAUAAAAAUUUAUUUUGUUUUAAUAUUAUUGUUUAUUAUCGAGUUUCAUGAUUUUGUACUUAUAACUUUAUGCAAUUAGAGGUACAUUGUUAUGCGCUGGUGAAAAUGUAAUUUUUAUUGAGCAAACUGACAUUGCUAGUAUGUAAUUCCAUGGUUAAUGUAAUCUGAAAAUGUAAUCUUCUGUUUUUCAUUUAUUAUUAUUAUUUUUUUGUAAGCUGGUAUUAUUAUUAUACUGUUUUGGAAUGAAACUAUUUCAUUAAGGAAAUUACUUUUGGACAAUACAGCAGAUAUUUUUUAGGUGUUACUGAGUCUGUAUGAAGGAAGUAUUUAUUUUAGUUGUACACUAUAUUCCCAUUCGAUGAACAAGUAGGAUUAUACUAUAUUUUUUAUGAAGCAAUAAAAUAAUAGUUGUU